AAGCAGAAAGGAAAUUUAAGUUGAUUGGUGAAGCAUAUGAAGUGUUAUCAGAUGAAGAGAAAAGAAAAAAUUACGAUUUAUUUGGACAAUCAGGAUUAGGAGGAACUACAACUAACGAUGAAACAUAUUAUACAUAUUCAAAUAUAGAUCCUAAUGAAUUGUUCAGUAGGUUUUUUUCUCAUGAUGCAAGUUCUUUCUUUUCGCAAGGUUUUGAUGACUUUCCGUCUUUUCAAGGUUUCGCAAGUAUGAAUUCAAGAAGACCUAGAUCAAGCAGAUCAAAUAUUUUUUCUCGAUCAUUUGGUAGAGCCGCUUCAUUUGAAGUUCCCUUGCAAGUUACACUGGAAGAAUUAUAUACCGGUUGUAGAAAAAAAUUAAAGGUAACAAGAAAAAGGUUUGUGGGUCUUAAUAGUUAUGAAGAUAAUACAUUUAUAACUGUUGAUGUAAAACCUGGAUGGGGUGAAGGAACGAAAAUUAAUUUUCAUGGUGAGGGAGAACAAUCAUCUCCUAAUGAACAACCCGGAGAUUUAGUUUUUAUUAUAAAAACAAAACCACAUGAUAGAUUUAUAAGAGAAGGGAACAAUUUAAUAUAUAAGUGUUAUUUACCAUUAGAUAAAGCUUUAACUGGUUUUCAAUUUAGCAUAAAAUCUUUGGAUAAUAGAGAUAUAAAUGUAAGAGUAGACGAUAUAAUUAAUCCAAAUAGUAAAAAGAUAAUAACUAAUGAAGGUAUGCCGUAUUCAAAAAGUCCAUCGAUUAAAGGUGAUCUUUUCAUUGAAUUUGAUAUUGUCUUUCCUAAAAAAUUAAGUCCUGAACAAAAAAGAACAUUAAAGGAAACCUUGGCAAAUACGUAUUAG